AUGAACAAGUCAAUCCCCGUUUUGUCCUUACAUGUAAUUAUAAUCCUAUCCAUACCCUUUUUCGUCUUUUCACUCCGAACCGGACUACCACGCCUUUCCGACCCAUGCAAUCGGCCGCCGGCGGAUCUCCGAUCACUCCAAACCGAUCAAACUACGGUACUAAUCAACGGCUACUCCGAACACCGGAUUCCACUUCUCCACUCAAUCGCCGCCACUUACGCCGCCGCAUCCUCCGUAGCCGCUGUCAUCAUCCUCUGGAGCAACCCUUCAACUCCGCCACAAAUCCUCUCAGAUCUCUCCCAAAACCUCUCCCUCUCCUCCUCCUCCACCACACCAAUCACUAUCCACCGUCAACCUUCCUCUAGCCUCAACCUCCGUUUCCACCCUCACACAUCCAUCACCACCCGAUCCGUCCUCAUCUGCGACGACGAUAUCGAACCGGACACAAACUCAAUAAACUUCGCUUUCAACAUCUGGAAAUCCAACCCAGAUCGCUUAAUCGGAUUUUUCGUCAGAUCUCAUAAUUAUGACUUAACACAUAAAUCCUGGAUCUACACAAUGGAAACCCAGAAAUACUCAAUCAUGUUAACAAAAUUCAUGAUCUUAAACUUCCAUUACCUCCAUCAAUACACAUGCAACAAAGAAUACUCGAAACUGAAACUCAUAGUAGACGAAAAGAACAACUGUGAAGACAUAUUGAUGAACUUUGUGAUAGCGGAGCAAGUGAAAAAGGGUCCGAUAUUGGUGGGUGCGAAGAAAGUGAGGGAUUGGGGAGAUGCAAGGAAUGAAGGUGAAGGUGAAGGUAUGAAGGAAAGGGAAGUGGGUUUGAGUAGUAGAAAAGGAGAGCAUAGGAAGAGAAGAGGAGAGUGUAUUGGUGAGUUUCAUAGGUUAUUGGAGAAGAUGCCAUUGAAGUAUAGCUAUGGAAAAGUGAUGGAAGCCAUUGGAGAACAAGGUUUAUGUGAAAAAGGUGGUAAGUUGGUGUAUUGUGAUAAACAAAUUUUUAGAUGAAAU